GGCAUUAUCAUGUUUAAAGUAGAGCAGACAUGUUAUGCAAUGUCGUGUGGUAAGGUUAAGAAAAAUCCGUAUCGGUGUUUAUUCACGGGACAACGUUCCUCUGUAUAAAGGAUUGCUGGAAAAUAUUACCGUUGAAGUGGCUUAUUUUCUUCCGUGAAUUUUUCAAAAACGUCUCUAGUAAAUGCUAGAUACAUCGAUGUUGCUGAUUCAAAUUACGCAACUUUUGUAUUACAUAACAUUCAGGUCAUUUCGUGUCUGGUUAAUAUCCAUUUCAUUUUUUGUGUCAUGAUGUAAUUUUCGGUACAUAUUGACGCACGCGCAUAACACACCCUGAACACAACUGACUGCUAUAUAUCGCAGUCUGCCUCCUGCUGUCCACGUUUGUCCCUCGCUGGCUCUGUACGUACAUUACAGGAUGUCAGGAAAAAGUACGAAACAAAGAGUAGCCGUGAUAGGUGCCGGGAUUGCAGGACUCUGUAGUCUUAAGCACUUGGCUGAACACCCCGACAUCUUUGAACCAGUAGCGUUCGAGAAGAAUUUCUGGCCGGGAGGACUAUGGAACUACAGUGACCAAACAGGAAAAGAUGAUUUCGGAUUCCCUGUACAUUCUGCCUUAUACAACAACCUCAAAAUUAAUGUUCCCAAGCACCUGCAACAGUUCCCAAGUUUCCCAUAUCCCAAGGAAUGGAAGACGUCCUACAUCAGUCGGCAGCAAUGUCUGGAGUACAUCAAUAGGUUCACUGAUCACUUCAAGCUCAGACAGUACAUCCGGACGCAUACCUAUGUUCGUAAUGUGCAGCCACUGAAGGAGUUCCAGGAAAACGGCCAAGUGAAAUGGCUAGUGACGUAUUCCCCUUUAAAUCGUCUUUCAGAAGUCAAUUCGGAGGUGUUUGAUUCCGUACUUGUGUGUAAUGGACAUGACGUAAAAGACUAUACGCCAGAUAUUCCUGGAAUGGACAUAUUUGAAGGAAGGAUGAUUCACAGCAAGAACUUCCGGUACGAGGAACAAUUUGACGGACUUCGUGUGGCUAUCCUUGGUGUCCACUAUUCUGGAGAGGACAUUUCUAUGCACGUAUCACGUUUUGCUAAGAAGGUGUAUGCAUGUCACAGAAGAAAGCCGGAGGAAUUCCCACCAUCUUUUCCAAAAGAGAUAGAACAAAGACCCCCAAUCGUGCGCAUGACAAAAGAUUCAAUCGUCUUUCCUGAUGGUAGUUCCGAGAAGGUUGACGCCGUUAUUUUCUGUACUGGAUACCUCUUUUCAUUUCCUUUUCUGAAGGAUGACGUCAUCACAAUCAAGGACGAACGUAUAGAGCCCAUAUACAAACAUAUGGUCCACAUCGAGUACCCGAAUUUGAUAUUUGUCGCCAUCCCUCGGCAGUGGCCGUAUUUCGUCCACUAUCACGAAAUGGCAAAGCUUGCCGUUCUGAUGUUGGAAGGGAAGGUGAAAUUACCGUCAAAAGAAGCAAUGCUGGCAGAUAGCGAAGCUGACUUUCAGUCUCGUUUGAAGGAAGGAAAACCACCAUCUUUUGCACAUUAUAUGGGGGAUCUUGAUCGGCAGUUCCGAUUUAACGAGGAACUUGCUAAAUUAGGUGGGUUUGAUCCGCUCCCGCCUGUUAUUGAAAUGCUGUGGCAUGAUGUAAUGGAUGAGAGAUUCAUGAAUUUACCACAUUGCAAUGAAUUCGAUUACGUCAUCACGGGACCGAAUUCUUACCGAUGCUCAAAUCCUGAAAAGGUGAAGUCAAGGAAAUCAAAAGCGGAGAAUGCAAUGAAAAAUUAACUAAAUGGAAAUCUUGCUUAGUGAACAACUACUUUGUAUUUUCUUGAAAAGUUUUUUUUCUUCUUAUUUCAAAUCUGAAAGAACGAUCUAGGUAAAGACAGAGGCUACCUAAUACAUUAUAUUUAAAACUGAUGUUGUGUUGCUAAAAUGUAUUGCACGUAAAUGUUAUUUUGUACAUAUUCCUUCUUUUCUGGUUUUUACUUUAUAGUAAUCACAUGGUAUAUUACAGUUGUAUCAGUGGACAAUGUUGUUGAGAGACAUGUAAUUCAUAUUCUACACUAUAACCCGCAUAUAUUAGUUUAGUGUUUAGAAUUUUACGGGGUUUUGUCCUUUAUUUAAUGCAUGAGUUAUAAUGUUUAUAAUCAUCGUAGAUACCUUUUAUGUAUUAGAAUGUGACCUGGAUAUGGGAUUCCUCAUGUACUUGUUUAAAAUUUUGUGUAAUUGGGAGUUGAGUAAGAAACACUGUAUCCGCUAUGAAACACUGACUUUUUCAGUAUCAAACUUUUCAAAUUUUGUACAGACUGGUGUAUAGCAUACAAACAUGUUAAAUAGCUACAAAAGUCUAAAUAUCCAAGAUGUCUUGUAUAUUACUGGCCUUGUAUGACAUAAAAUCCUAUUGCUUGAAACAUUUAAUGCUGUUGAGAACCUAAUCAAGAUAUGUUGCAUCGUGUAGAUUGGUGUUACAUUUCGUGCAUCGGUUCUCGCUUAAUAUCCAAGAUGUUGUGCAGCAUUUUCAGAUAUUUAUAUUAAACAUCUACAAAGAU